AUGGCGUCGCUGCAGAUGGAGCCGCCGGCGCCGCCGCCGCGGAGGUCCGCGUCCACGAGCUGCGACCUGCACCCCGACGAGGCCUUCACCGGCUUCUGCGCCGCCUGCCUCCGCGAGCGCCUCGCCGGCCUCGAGGCCUCCGACGUCGCGCCCGCCGCGCCGGGCCGCAGGUCCACCUCCGCCAUCCGCUCCCUCUUCUCCAGGCCCUUCGCCGCCCCGUCGGGCUCCGGUGCCGCCGCCGCCCCGCUGCCGGACCUCCGCCGCUGCAAGUCCUUCUCCUGCGGGCGCGGGGGCGACGCGCCCGCCGACGAGCCGCAGCGGUGGUCCUGCGACGCCCGCGGCCGCAGCACGCUCUGGGCGCUCUUCCACAGGGACGACCGCGAGCGCGUCCGCGACGGCACGGCCUUCGCCGCCUUCCCGGCCUCGUCCUCCGCCGCCGCCGCCGCGCUCCCCUUCGAGGUCCAGCAGAUGCCGCCGCCGCCGCCGUGCGUUCCUGAGGUUUUCUUGGAGGAGGAGAUCGUCAUGGCAGAUCAGAGCUGCGACGAGAUUGCCCCGGUGGUCGAGCGAAUCGUGGCGGCGGACCUGGAAACCGAAGCUUAUGCGACUGGCGAGGUCAUGCCCAUGAAGGAUCACAUAGAUCUCGAGACCUCGCAACCCAAGAAGCCGCCGCCGCCGCCAAUGGACCUGAAGGAGAUCGCAGGCAGCUUCUGGGUCGCCGCAUCCGUCUUCAGCAAGAAGUGGCAGAAGUGGAGGCGCAAGCAGAAGCUCAAGAAGGAGGAGGCCGCAGCCGGCAGCAAGGCAGCGGCCGCGGCAAUGCCGCCGUCCGGGAAGCCGUCCAAGCCCUCGUUCCUUCAGCGCAGCCGCACUCGCGGCGGAGCCUGCUCGGAGCUCGCCGGAGGCCGUCGCUCGUGCGACACCGACCCAAGAUUCUCCCUUGACGCCGCCCGUAUGUCCGUGGACGACGCAGGCGUAUCUUGGGACGGGCCGCGCGCGUCCUGGGACGGCUACCUGUUCGGCGCGGGCGCUGGCAUUGGCCUUGGCCGCGCGCCUCCGCCGAGUUCCCGGUUGCCGCCCAUCCUCUCCGCGCUCGAGGGCUCGCCUACCGGCAUCUUGCCACGCUCCGACGGUCAAAUUCCCGUGGAAGAUGACUCACAGCCCGAGCCCGACGGCGAUGCCAACACCCCUGGCGGCUCGGCGCAGACGCGGGACUACUACAUGGACACGUCGAGCCGGCGGCGCCGCAGCCUGGACCAUUCCAGCUCCGCGCGGCGAAGGUCGUUCGAGGUGCCCGACCCAAAGCCAGUACCUGCAGCGGCCGCAAUCGCUAACGCCCGGGAAUCCCCAGUGAUCGUCGGCAGCGCAGAGUUCUACCACUUCCAGCACGCCGAGGACCUGCUCGACCACCGGUUCAGCACCAGCUCCCUCGUCGACGACUUCCCCCGCGCGAGCCUGGACGACGCGAAGAAGCCCCGGCGGAAGGCGUGGAGCCUGUGGGACUUCAUCCACCGCAGAGCCACGGGACGCCGGAGCGGCGCGACCGCGUCCGACGUGGCGGACCGCGCGUUCUCGGAGCCGUGGCCGGAGCUGCGCGCCCGCGGGCACAGGACGACGAUGCAGAGGUGCGGCAGCAACGCGAGCGCGCGCAGCUCGUUCAGCAGCACGAGCGGCGGGAUGGGCAGCUCACGGCGCUGCUUCGCGGAUGGUGGUGUCAAGAGUCGACACGAAGACCGGUGCGUGCUGGAGCGUAACCGGAGCGCGCGGUACUCGCCGGCGCACCAGGCGGACAACGGCAUGCUGCGGCUCUACCUCACCCCGCUGCGGAGCGCCAGCGGCCGGCGCGCGGGCGGGCUGCCGGCCAACGGCGGCGGGCGGCAUCUGAGGUCCCAGUCGUUCGCGCGGACCAUGCUCCGGCUGUACUGA